CGGAGCGGGUUGAGGGCAUCGGGGCGGGGAGGCGGCCAUCUCCGGCCCCGCGCCGUGGUCGCCGCCGGACUGGGCCGGGCCGGGUUGGGCUGGGCUGGCAGCGGGUCGGGCAGAGGGCUCGGCCGCCGCCCGCCGAGAAGACGGGAAAAUGGCGGCGGCGGCCCGGGACCAAAUGGCGGCGCUGGCGGCCGGGGAGCAGCGGGGGGCUGAGGCGGGCCCUGAGGCGCGGAGCCGCCGCCCCGGGGGCAGUGCCGGGGGCCGGGGCAGGGCCGGCGGGGCCGCUGCUUCCCGCCGGUCUCUUCCCCGGGCUGAGGUCCGUCGUUCGCCGCCUCCCUGGGGCGCUGCCGGGCGGCGGGAGCGCCGCGCAGAAGGAAAACGGGGAAUGGCGGGGGGGGAGCCGCAAAAUAGGGGAAAACUUGGAAACUACCAAACCGCGGGUCCCGUGGGAGGGCGGCGUGUGGGGUUUUUUUUUGUUGUUUGCUUACUAUUUCUGUUUUAAAUUCCCUCUACCUUGAUGUCUGUAAUAAAAGGCCACCUGCACGAACGCGUUUAAGUCUCCCGAUUUCCCCUCGCAGGGGCUGCGGUUGGGGUAUCCUACGCUUGUGGCUUUUAUCUAUUUUGUUUCAUAAUCUUUUAUUCCAGUGAGUGUUGUGAUUUGAGGUUACUUAGGGCUUUAUUUUUAAGUGGAGUCUGAAAUGCGUAACUCUGACAAGAUCAGGGGUUUCAUCUAGAAGUGGUACCAGGCUUUUCUGUGCUAGAGUUAUGCUCUCUGUUUUGCUAAAAUAAAGGAUUCCGGUCCGACAAGCCUCUUUUUCCUUCUGUUUCUUUUUGAGAUCUUUCUGUUCUUCAUUGUGCACUUGGGCACAGUGAAGCUUAUUACACUUCUACUAGCUACCUCUUCAGCUGACAGAUAGUACUUGUAUUUAUUCGCAAAGAGUUACCAUUGUUCAGCCCCACCUGGCCAUUGUAAGUUAUGUGUUGAAGUAAUCUAGAAAAUGCUUUUUGUUUGCCAGCAUUGCUCUGGCCAUAGCUGUAAGUUGGCUUCUUGACAGUGUAGUUAAAAUCCCUUUGCAAAACCAGGAGGUGUAGGCUUUGCAAUGAGAUGGACACGUCUCGUUCAGAUUCUCAUUUCCAUCGAAGCACAUGAAUAUAACAAUGGCAAAAACUUAAUGCUUGUUUUCUGGACACUUACUGAAACUUUCUAGAUGAUGUUUUAUGACUUAAUGGAAAGAUUGAACAUUGAUUAAAACUCCAUAAAUAGAAUUACUAAAAAUAUGUUUUUUUGUCUUAACCACUCAAAAUUAUAAAGAGUGGGUAUAUAACAGACAAAGACCUCCAUGUGUCCAUACUGUAUUUUACAUUUUCUAGUAGUCCCUUAUUUAUGAGCCUUAAUUCUGUGCUCGCCUGUCUGUCAGAAAACAACAGAGCUGUGGCUUUGCUUAUCAAUCUUAUGCCUGGUAGAGUUAGGAUAAGAAUCAAGUUCCCAUAUUUUAUUUUGUGCUAAAUUUCUGCCUUUAUAAAGGUGAAGUUACUGGAAUGCUUAGAAUGAAGCUGGAUUUACAUGAAAGAAAAAGAAUAUUCAUUUUAGUACAUAUCAUACUUACCAAUAUUUUUAUCCAUAGUCAUAACCAUGUGCCCGAGAGCCAUUUUCUGUUUCUCAAAAAGAAAAUCUACAACUUUACGUGGUUUCUCUUUUGAAAGAGCUAGGACUUAACCCCCCACCCCAUGUGACAUUUAAAGCAUGCUCAGUGCAUUUUAUUAAAGUAUCAAUGGAUAGGUUAGAACUCAUGGAGUUCUGCCAAAGUCGGAUCAAUGCAAAUGAGAACAGUUUGUCCUAUUGUGUCUCUCAUAUAUUCUGUUUCCAUGAUGGCCCACUUCUCUAAAUACCACUGAUGAGUAGAGUGUAACUGUUCCUAAAGGACUGUAAUCUUGUGCUGAUACAGUUUAUUAAAUCUUCAUGUGUCUCGAACUCAGGUCUUUGGGUCCUUCUGUUUGAUAUCUGUCCAGUUUGGUCCCCUCUUAUGUCCAUUGUUGCAGCUGUUAAAGAAAUUCCUCUGUGCUGGACUUUUAGAUUUGAGUGUAACCCGUCUAGUGUGGAGAAAAGGGUUUUUCAUGAAUAAUAGCAUCAGAGUACAUCCCAUGUGAUUGUUACAGUUAAAUGCCUCAAAAGCUGGAAGAUUCCCUUAAUAAACUUCAGGUUUUGCUUCUUACAGGAUUUAGUGAAAUAUACUUUUACUUUUUGCCCAGUGCAGAGAGCACAGCCUUUAAUACAAUUUCACGUAGAAAUUUUAAAAGAUUUACAACGGUCCAUAGAAGGCUAGACAUAACAUUCAGUUAAUAACUAGGCAUAAUGACAGAAUUCUGUCUGCAGGGGUAAAAAUAGUAUUUCUUAGAAGCGCUUAAUUUUUUACAGCCCACAGAAUAAUUGAGCCCAUCUGCCUGUUGAAGAUGAUAUAGAAUUACAGGAAUUUUGUAUUAAAAUGUUCUCUUUUUUUGUAGCUUGGUAUAAAAUCAGCUUUGUGGGUUUUUUCCUGCCUAAAUCUGCUGCAUGUUUUCCAGAUAAAUAAUACUUCUGUAUCGUGUGGCUUUAGUGGAAAAUUUAUAUUGGAAUUUUAUACUAAAUGAUUCUUGUAGGGAAAGUAUUUUACCAUCUGUUUGGUUGCAUGUUGAAACCUGUUCAAAAUUGUAAUGCAACUUUAAAAAUGUUGGCUUUGGUAAAUACACCGAAAAUUUAACAAGGCAAAAAUGCUUAUUAAAUUUACACUGAUUUCUGAGGUGCUGUCUUAGAAAUUCAAUACUAUGCUGUCUUCACUGCAUUUCGUCGUACGCAUCCACACUGUUAGUGUAUGUGCAUCCAACAGUGUUCCCUUCCCCCACUCCCUCCUUCAGAACAUAAAAUAUUAGGGGUACAUUGGUGUCACUAUCAAGGGUGUGUUUGAAUCAAGGAUUACAGAAGUCUUGGGUCAUGCAUUUAAAAUUAAAGCAAGCUUUUUUUAAAUAGCAAUGCAUUUUCAAAAGAAUACUUAGUGAAGUUACAAAAAGAGGGUGAUAUUCUGGAGGUGAUGAGACUGCUCAUGUCGUAAUUCUCACUAAUUAAGAAUCAUUGGCUGUCAUUACCUUUGCAUUUAACUUUUUCAAGAGUGGGCGUGUAGUGGAUUUGCAGGUGUCUGUAUUAAACAGAAUUCACAUGGCACAUCCUAAAAGACCUCUGUGGUGGUACAGCAUUGUUUAGCAUGGCUUCGGCUGUCACCCCGUGAUAAAUCAAGGACAUCGGGCGAGUACAGUGUCCCUGCAGGCAGUAUCAAAGAAGCCUGCAUCAGAGGGCGUUGUCUCCUGCAGCAGCACUGUGCUUCCUCCACUGAGCUUGCCAUAAACUCAGGUGGUCCCAUCAUACCUUGUAUUUGAUGUAUCUUUAGCAUACGUGGUAGUUCCGUCAUUAUGUGUAAAACAGUGAUUUUUAUAAGACCUAGGGAUUGUUUCUUACUGGCAUAGGAGAACCACUGCAGUUACUUGCGAUAUUUUUUUUCUCACCUUUCGGUCACUAAUUCAUGUCUUCAUGGGUUAGCGCUCCUGUCCUGGUGUAAAUGUAUCUUGAAAGAACAAGUUUGUUUGUUUCCUUCAGUUUUUUUAUAUUUGUGUAGUCUAAUGAAUAAAAAAUAAUGUCCAAAAUAUGCAUUUGACUUUGACUUGACUCCUCAUGUUCUUUGCAGUCAGUUUUCAGUUGAGGUCCAAGGCCAUAUCCAUUAAAGUUGAUGGGAAUUUUUCCAGUCAAAUCAAGGAUUUGGUUUCUCUUAAGGUUUUAACAAGACUUGGUUAUGAUUAUUACUUUUACUCAGAAAACUUCAGAUAUGCUAAAUCUCAAGUAUCUGACACAGAACAUGAUUGUUUUUUUCUGGAGAGUCAGCACUUACUGUUGGAAUAAACCGUUGUUGUGAAAUUGGCAAGAAGUUAUAAAACCCGGCUCAGUCCAGGAAUUACAUUGAGGAGUCCUUCUUAGGAAAUCACAGUUCCUUGAGCAAUGCACUGUGCAGCUUGCAGUGCUUCGUAGGUUGUACCUGGGAGCGCAGGCAGACAAGUGGAGACGUCUAACUUGAUCAGGAGAACCACUGCUGCAGUUAGAUGUGGUGCCUCAGCUGUUGUCUACUUAGUCCUGUGACAGCUGUCUUUGCAUGAAGUGUCAGGGUAGCAGCUGUUGAUCGUGGUGUGUCUUCCUCCCCACCUUUGAUGGAAACUAUAGGUUUGGAUGCAUGGACCCCUUCGCCGCUGUAUGCUUCUCCUAACAUGGCAAACGAGCGAGGGAGAGAAUGCAAAUGGACAACCCUAAUUACUCUGUGUUUUUGACUCGGGAGCCUAAUCCUAUAAACAUAUUCUUUCAUUCUCAGCAAAUCUUGAGUAACUGAUGAAAGAAUGGCCUGGCUUUGCUACCUCUGUAUUCACUUUUGAGUAUUCUUUUAAUGAAGAGAAGGAAUGGUCUUCUGUUGUGGAUGCUGCUGUAGUUUCCACUGCUUCUAGAUCAGCUUUAGGUUUGAGUAUGAGCACAGUUGAAGAAGAGUCUGACACAGUGACAGUAGAAACCGUGAACUCUGUGACUUUGACUCAGGACACUGAAGGGAACCUUAUACUUCAUUGCCCUCAAAAUGAAGCUGAUGAAGUAGACUCUGAAGAUAGCACUGAACCUCCACACAAGAGGCUUUGCUUAUCAGAGGAUGAUCAAAGCCUUGAUGAUUCCACUCCGUGCAUUUCUGUUGUUGCAGUUCCAAUUUCAGAAAAUGAUCAGAGCUUUGAGGUGACUAUGACUGCUACCACUGAGGUAGCUGAAGAUGAGAUCAACGAAGGAACUGUUACUCAGAUUCAGAUUCUUCAGAAUGAACAGCUGGAUGAAAUCUCCCCAAUGGGCAAUGAAGAAGUGUCAGCCGUUAGUCAAGCCUGGUUCACAACCAAAGAGGAUAAGGAUUCUCUAACAAAUAAAGGCCAUAAGUGGAAGCAAGGGAUGUGGUCAAAGGAAGAAAUUGACAUUUUGAUGAGUAACAUUGAGCGUUAUUUAAAGGCCCGUGGAAUAAAAGAUGCCACUGAAAUUAUAUUUGAAAUGUCAAAAGAUGAAAGAAAAGAUUUCUACAGGACAAUAGCUUGGGGUCUGAAUCGGCCUCUCUUUGCUGUCUAUAGAAGAGUUCUUCGCAUGUAUGAUGACAGAAACCAUGUUGGAAAGUAUACUCCUGAGGAAAUUGAAAAGCUUAAAGAGCUGAGAACAAAGCAUGGUAAUGAUUGGGCCACAAUAGGAGCUGCACUGGGGAGAAGUGCUUCAUCUGUAAAAGAUCGAUGCAGAUUGAUGAAAGAUACCUGCAACACAGGAAAGUGGACAGAGAAAGAAGAAAAAAGACUAGCAGAAGUAGUGCAUGAGCUAACUAGCACAGAACCAGGGGACAUUGUCACACAAGGUGUAUCGUGGGCUGCUGUAGCAGAACGGGUCGGGACACGCUCUGAAAAGCAAUGUCGCUCUAAAUGGCUCAACUAUCUCAACUGGAAACAAAGUGGGGGCACUGAGUGGACCAAGGAAGAUGAAAUAAAUCUGAUCCUGAGGAUAGCGGAACUUGAAGUUUCUGAUGAAAAUGACAUCAAUUGGGAUUUACUAGCUGAAGGAUGGAGUAGUGUCCGCUCACCACAGUGGCUUCGGAGUAAAUGGUGGACCAUUAAAAGACAGAUUGCAAACCACAAAGAUGUUUCAUUCCCUGUACUGAUAAAGGGUCUUAAACAACUCCAUGAGAACCAAAAAAACAAUCCAGGGCACCAGCUUUCGGAGAACAAAUCUGGAAGUGGAUUACCAAGCACUAAUUCCAGUUCAGGGGUUCAGCACGUGCAGAUUCGAGUGGCUCGCUUAGAGGAGAACGCAGGCAACGCACCAAGCCCUAUGGCAGCUUUGCAGAUUCCAGUCCAGAUUACGCAUGUCUCCUCAACCGAUUCCCCUGCUGCUACUGUUGAUUCUGAGACAAUAACACUAAAUAGUGGAACACUACAGACUUUUGAGAUUCUUCCAUCUUUCCAUCUCCAGCCGACUGGAACACCAGGUACAUACUUACUACAGACAAGCUCAAGCCAAGGCCUUCCUUUAACACUGACGACUAGUCCUACCAUGACCCUAACGGCUGCUGCGGCUCCAGCCUCCCCAGAACAGAUCAUAGUUCAUGCCUUAUCGCCAGAGCAUUUGUUAAAUACAAGUGACAACGUCACAGUGCAGUGCCACACACCAAGUGUCAUAAUCCGCACCGUUGCUGCUGAAGAUAUCUCCUCCUCUGUCACGCAGGCAGAACUUACUGUUGAUUCAGAUAUUCAGUCAGCUGACCUGACAGAUCCUCCCGAUACCCUAGAAACAAAUACUUUCCCAGACGAUAUCCAUCAGUCCAAGCUGAAUGAUGAGGAACAGUCAGCCUACAGUGAAGGUGAUGCCUCCAAAUUCAGCAGCAGGAAUAGCAGUGAACUGAUGGAUGGAGUUAUGGUAGGGACUGAGGAGGAGAUUUCAGAUGCCAGCCUGAAACAGGAAGAGGAUGCUCACUCUGAUUUACCCAGCACUUAUGUUACUGAGGACCUGGGUUCUCCAACGAUAGAAGAACAAGUUGAUCAGCCUACAAUAGAUGAUGAGACUGUGCUUAUUGUUCCUUCUUCCCAUGGUUUUAUCCAGGCAACGGAUGACAUAGACAGCGAAUCAGUCUUGCCCCUGACAACUCUAACAGAUCCUAUCCUACAGCAUCAUGGAGAUGGGUCGCACAUUAUUGGCUCAUCAUUGGGCAGUCCUGACUCAGAAGAUUCAAAGGAUGUCGAAGAUCUGGUGAGCUGUCACUGAGAGGCAGUAAUUUUGUCCAUUUUCUAUUGACCAUGCUUGCAUUGUGAAAUUAGUUACAGCCCUGGCCACAUUUCCAAAGAAAGCAGUCAGUCCGUGUCUUUAAACAGAAACUUCCAGUUUGAAAUGACUACAGUGCACUUUCUCUGCUCGGGCUAAUUACCUCAUAUGUAAAGGAUUACAGAGCACCCAGCCGAAGCCUGAUGUAUUACAUCUCAGCCGAGGUGUUUCAGUGUUGUAAAGAGCCUCUGUUGCAGUGCUCACUGCUAGGAUCCACGUGGUCAAUUCUGAUUGACUUGUUACUGGUGUGCUGAACUGCGUAUCUGGAAAACUGGACAGAAGUCGAGGAUAGUGGACUGUAGCCUGUUAGUGCCGCAGCAAGAAUUUGUUUGCACAUGUUUCAUGAAGAAUGGGUGAGGAUUUCUGCACUUACUGACUCUUGUAAUACAUGGAGUAAGAGACUGUUACGUUUCAGGAAGAAAUGUAUUCCAUCAAAGACUUCAGGGAGCAUGGGCAGCAUCAUGAAGAAAUGGUCUGUAUUCCCAUCUCAUCUGGCUUGUUAGUACAUCUACAGCAUAGGAAGAAGACACUGAUGCUUACGGGACUUGCCUGGUCUGCUUGUUCCUGAGGAGUCCAUUGCUGGCAAUGGACAGAGCUCAGAAGGAUCACUUGUGGAAUAUCUUUUUAUUUCUUUUUUUUCUUUUCCUUCAUCACUACAGCAAGCUGAAUAAAAAGGGAAGGGCUAUGAGAAAGGGAAGCUGCUGAGACCCACCAGCCUCCCUCCACAGCUUGUAACUUCUUUGAAGAUUGUUGUGAGUAGGCUGGAACAUUUUUCUCUUGCUGUUUACAUGACACUACCAGCCACCUCUCCAGAGGUGAUUUAUGCAGCAAGUCAGUAGAUGGGGGGGGUGGUGUCGAGGUGGCAGUCCUGGAGAAACAGCUCUGUGAGAAGUGGGCAUAGGACCCCGAGGCAAAGGAAUCCAACUAAUUCCUACGUUCAAGGGUUUGAAACAGACACUAGGCUGAGCAGCAGUCUGUUACCUAGAGAGUGAGAGAAGAAGCUAUAGAAACUGAAGACUCAUGUAUAAAUUAUUUUAUUUAUUUCUGUAAUUAGCUCUUCAUAAUCAAGAGUUGGUCUUUUUCAGUCUGUGGUUUUGUUAAUGUGAAAAAUAAGUUGUAGUUUCAAAUGGUUGCCUAGGGAACAGAAAUAAUUGUAUAUUCAGUUUAAACGAAAUAAAGAGUAUUUGUCUUA